AAUGAAGGUGAAGCCAUUAGGAAGGACAUGUGACGUCAUUGACAAAGAUGGAGCAGUGUAGGUCUGUUCUUCUACCAUGUGGACAAGUGCUGGUUAACUUUUUAAACUGUCACCUUCAGCAUUUCAAUUUAUCCGCUCUACAGCGGUGACUUAAACAUCUCAUAGCGUUUUUGUUUUUUUUUUCUUACCGUUAUGCGACGAUUUCGAGUUGCUGUUGUCAACGAGUUCCUUAUGUAACUACUUUCACAUCCUCAAACAAAAAAUAUUCCAACUUCACACGUGUAUUUAUAUUUUGGAUUGCAGAUUCGGAAUUUGAAAAUUAUUUUCCUAUUAAAUAUAUGAUAUCGACGACCAGUAAAGUACUCCAACCGAUCCUCGAAAUAAAUCUACGGACGAAGGAUACGCUGAUUAUUGACAAACGUAGUUUUUCCAGCCGUGUAUCUUUCAAAAGAACCAAAAAUCUGACCUGACCUGACCAUGCAGUCGGUAACCCUUUACGGAAGACUUCUAGCCAGAGCUUUUAUUACUGGUUUUCACAAUGAGUACCAACUGAAGGCCCGUGAGAAACCACAAGAACUUCAUUUAGUAACGGGUGCUUCUGGUUUUUCAAAAUCUACUAGGCCCAAAUCUGAGUUGUUACGCAAAUGGACUUUUGGCGAUGAUGCUUUCUUUAUUGCUAGGAAUAAAGUAGCUGAUGUUAUAGGUAGCAGUACUGCAUGUAUAGUGUCACUCCAUCGAGAAGAGCGAACUGUAUACACUGCCAAUUUAGGUGACAGUGGAUUCCUAGUUAUUCGCCAUGAUGAAGUCAUUCACCGUUCACAAGAACAACAACAUUACUUUAACACUCCAUUCCAGCUAGCCGUGGCUCCACCACCACAACGAGGCCAAAUUAUCAGUGACAGUCCAAGCAUGGCUGAAAAUUCAUCCUUUGGUGUACAAGAAGGAGACAUCAUUCUACUAGGUACCGAUGGUUUAUUUGACAAUAUGAAUGAAGACAUGUUACUAGAUUAUGUAUCUAAAUUAAAGGACCAUCGUCAAGACAAUAUACAAAAGACGGCCAGUAAGAUUGCUGAAGAAGCUCACCAAUUGGCCUUUGAUCCUGACUAUCUUUCACCUUUUGCUCUUACUGCCAUAGAUGCUGGUAUAGAAAUUCGAGGUAUGUCAUUCCCAAAUUUACUCUUUUGUACCAAGUACACUUUGUGUUUAUAUUUGCCUUGUUCAUAGAACCGUCUUAGAAGU